AUGAAUGGUACAUCGAGCCCUACGUGCUUCUUCUCCUUCGGGCCAGAGGACAGCUUUAUAUCUAAAAGCUACGAGGGACUACGAUAUCAUGCCCUCCCGCCUGCCCUUCUCGCCCUCAUGACGGGCGGCAGCGUCCUGGACGUUCACUGGGCCUCCCUAGGCACCAUAACCGAUUCCUGGAUCCUCUCCUUCAAAGAUUCGUCCGGGACGCAAAAUCUCGCCUGGGGAGCAUCAAUACCCAGCCGACUAGAAAAAGUCCUCUCCAAACUCUCCCCCUCUCAGCACCUCCGCGUCUUCUUAGGCCCAUCCUCCUCCUACAUAGCAUGGGAUCCCACCUUAAUUCGCUGGUCCUCCCUCCCCGCCUCGCUAGAAGACACCCUGCAAUCCUGGCUCACGCCGUCCGGGUGGCGCGCCGGGGCCCCACGGAUGGUGACAUGGGGCCCGGACGAUGCGUUCUUCGCGAUGAGCGAGUAUGGGGAUGUAGCGUAUCGUCUCGGGGAUAAGAAAAGAGAGGAUUGGGCAACAUGGAGGGAAACGGUAGAAGAUUGGAAAGCUGAAAGGGGGUUCAGGUGGAGCGAAGUAGCGUAUAUUGCGCUAGACCCCACGACGCCCGACCAGUUCGUCGCGAUACGCAACGACGGUACAUGGUCCGGUUCUAUAUCAGACGAAAACUCGACUGCGCUGGAGGCGUUCGCGCAUAAUGUCUUCCGCCUCGCCAAACCAAAGUCGAAAACGAAAUCUCCGCCGCCUCGAGCACACCAGCAGACCAAUGGUCACACGAACGGCGCUAUAGCACCGGAGGACGACAGACCAGAUCCAGCGACCAAAGCAGCAUAUGCACAAUGGUCCAAUUCCACAAACCUCCUCUUCGCCUCCGCCCUCGCAGCCACAACGCCAAAGCGUGCCCCGAAGAAACUCCAAAUCCGCUCCCAGUCCUCCACGGCCUCUAUACCCAAGUCCUCGACUGCCUCCCCCUCUCAACCACGACCCACACCACACUCUAACCCCUCCACGUCUGUUCCCCACGCCAAUCUCCUAACCUCCUUCCCUAUCUUCCCCAUCCGCCACGCUAUGCCCUCUCCCAAUCUGCGCCCUCCAAAAGGCGACCCCGCCGGUCUGCGCGCCUGCAAACACGACAUGGAGCGCUUACUCCGCGCAAGCGGAAUUACGGGUACGAGUGGCUGA